UUUGUUUCAUAUUCAAGGCUUAUAUGAAUCCCAUAGCUAUGGCCAGAGCACGAGGUCCUGCCCAAAAUUCAGGACCAACAAUACAAGACUACUUGAACAGGCCAAGACCAACAUGGGAAGAAGUGAAAGAGCAACUAGAAAAGAAAAAGAAAGGAUCCAGGGCUUUGGCUGAGUUUGAAGAAAAGAUGAACGAGAAUUGGAAGAAGGAACUGGAAAAACACAGGGAGAAAUUACUGGGUGGAAACGAGAGUUCCUCCAAAAAGAAAGAGAAAAAGAAAAAGGAAAAGAAGAAAUCUAAUAGGUUGUCUUCAUCUUCCUCUUCUUCAUCAAGCUCUGAUUCUUCCAGCAGUUCAUCUGAUUCAGAAGAUGAGGAUAAAAAGCAAGGGAAGAAAAGAAGGAAAAAGAAGUAUCGCUCCUCACGGAAAUCUUCAGCAAGCUCAUCUUCUGAAUCCGAGUCAGAUAGUAAGGACAGCACAAAAAAGAAAAGGGCAAAGGAAGAUUAUGAAAAAGAAAAGGAAGGUAAAAAUCACCCCAGGAAAAGGAAGAAAGCCGAUCGUGGUGAUGGACCUUUAUCAUCGGAAUCCUUAUCGGAAUCAGAUCAGACAGAGGAGGUGCAAGCAAAAAAGAAGAAAAACAGCGAGGAAAAAGAGAAAACAGAUAAAACAAAAAAGAGAAAGAAGCACAAGAAACACAGUAAAAAGAAGAAAAAGAAGAUGGCUGGUUCAAAUUCGGAUUCAGAAUAAUGUUUUAAAAAACCAAGACUAUCAACAGAAGUGCAAUGACUAAAGGAAACUUAAACUGUGAAAUAACAGCAAACUUUACCAAACUGCAUGAGUUUUCCUGUGUUUUAGAAAUACUCCUAAUCUUUCAGUAGCCAGCCCAAUGCAGCUGUGCUGGGAAAGACCAUUGUUAUUGCCUGCUGCUUAAUACAUGGGGUACAACUUUUCUAAAAUUCCAGUAAGCAGUGUUAGAUGUUUGAAACAGUAUGAGAUGGUAGUCCAGCUGAGGUGUAAAAUAUUGGAAAAUAACUUCUUAGGUAGUAAAAGUAGUCUUUUAAAGCAUUAGUAAUAGUCUUUAUUUGUAAAUCAGGACAAAUAAAAUCCCAAGUUCAUCCUGCAGGUUAAUAUUAUACAUAAACUGUUACAAACUGGUGUCUGCUAAUGGCAUUUACAAAAUGGGAAACUAAUUAUAACAUUUAAAAUGCUGCCUUUGUAGAAAUGUUUAUCAUCUGCCCCAUUACUGUCUUCAUGCUUAUGAAAAAGGGAAUGCUACCAUUUUGGCUAACUGAAUAGGGUGCCUUUGCCUUUGGUUCUUGCAAAUCUCUGCUAUUUUUAAGCCAUGCAGCAUCUCUGAUUCUAGAGAAGCCAGAACUAUUGUCACCAUACUUUUUCUAAAUAAGCAAUUCUGGGCUUCUAAGCAUGUGCUUCUGCAUUAAGCAAGAGCAAUGACAUGUUGCGGUAUGACUGUCAUUCAAAACCUGAAGAUUUUACCUCUGCUUCUUUGAAAUAGCGAUAGAUCUUUGCUAGUAAAUAUGCAUAUUUUGUUUAAUGUACUUUUGGUUUAGUUGAACACUUCUUGCAAACACUGGUAGCUUUCUUUGCAUUAUCUUUAGAGUUGUUUUGCAUGAUUUGUACUAUUUUUAAAUUAACAAAAUGCAGGUAAUCGUUUGUUGUAACCAGUUCUAUUAAUUACGUUCCACAUGCAGAGUUUCAUGUAUGUAUUUAGUUAUAGUUAAGUUCAUUGCUGUGUUUAAGUGCACACUUGCUGAAGAUAUUUAGCAUGUAAAAAGCAGGGUUUUGAUACCUUAACAGCUUCAUAUUGAAGCUGAUUUUACUCUAAGCAAGUUUAGUGGCAGACCUGUUACGUGAUGUGUCUUGUUAGAUAAAAAAAAAAAAAAAUACUGCCAGAAUCUCAUUAAAGAUACUGUUUAAACAGUUUGUA